GUUGUGUGUUACCAUGUACCAUGCCAGGCUUCCUUUAGUUGGUUGGAUCACUGAAGCAGAGAGAGGUGCCCUUUAGUCGCCCGGAUUCCUGAGAGAUCCAGGAAGUUGGCGCUGCUGAAGAAGCCUGAGGUUGGCAGGGAGCAUGGAGAAGAACCAAUCCUGCCGGGCUGGGGCUGUUUACUCUGCCACCCUGAGGCUGGUGGACACUGGGUGUGGUGGGCGUGCUUGUCUAAGUACCUGUUUGUGGAACACUGAGACACCAGGGCAGAGCUAAAACAGCAGUAAUCUGAAACCAGUCUCGUUGGUUUUCCUUCUCUGGCCUCCGCAGCUAAAAUCUGCAUUCCAGAUGAAACCUGCAGGGAAGCGGAAGAAAGCACUUAAAAAAAAAAAAAAACUUCAAGGGCAGUAAAUUAACUGCUUUUGAGUUCCAGGGUUUUUGAGAUGAUCUAGUUCUUUCUUUACUUUUACUUCUUUGCCUUGGGCUUUGUGAGUGGCUGUUGCUCUGUGUGCACUGCUAGUUUUUUUUUUUGUGUGUUUUGGCCUGGAUGACACAGGCUUCUGACCAUAAAGUUAGAUGGCAACCUGGGGCCCGUAAAAGAAAAAAAAAAAGUAUUUCAGUCAUUUUCUGCUGAUUCACUUUUGAAUGUCUUGGGCUGCUGGGGUGGCGGAGGGCUGUCAGGAGCAGCUUGCCGGCUCAGCACUUUCUGGAGCCUCACUUGCUCACCAAUGAGGAAGUUGAAAGCAACCAGGAGCAAAGACGGGCGCUGGGGCGGAGCUGCGGCCAAGUCCUGAGCUGGGAUGACUGGGGCCUGGCUGACUUUCCUUACGACAAAAAGCCUUUUGUCCGAGGAAAUAAAUACGGAAGUCCCAGAGGAGCAGCCUCCCGGCCCGCGCGAGUAGUAAGGUGCACAGCCCAGGCAGCUCCGGGGCGCAGAGCUCCGCGGACUUUUCACAGUGGCCCCGGGCGCCCCGGGGCGCACAGACCGACCGGAAGGGGAGCGCAGGGACCGACCUGAAAGAACCCAAGUGUGCUGCCUGCGGAGCGGCCGCGGAGCGGGCUGCGGCUCCUGUUGCUCCCGUCCCGUCCUGUAAGUGAAGAGCCGAUGGAGUGGAUAGACUGAGAGCAGGGGAAGGUAACCGGAGCCGGGACUUCCAUCGAGGGCACAGCUGUGAGGCAUGGAGGCCGUGGGUGACCCUGUGAAUGGCAGUGAUGUCCUGCAGCCGGACACGCCUGCAGCUGCCCCGGAGAUGGCCCAGUCGAUCCUGAGCAAGUUCUCCAUGAAAUCCUUUUUCGGCUUUGCGAGUAAGCUGGAGCCUGCGAAGCCCGAAGAGGAAGACGUGGUGCUGCAAGCCUUCCACGCCUUGGUGGUGGAUCCCGCGCACCCCCAGGAUGGGCCCGGCGAGGGCUCUGAUGGGCAGGAGGCAGGGGCUCAGGUUGCACCCGGCGGCCUUGGAGGAAGAGGUGAUGGGAAGACCGCAAGGGAGGAGGAGACAGAGAGGGAGUCGGAGGGAAGUCAAAGAAAAGCAGAGGCAGGGACUCCUCUCCCUGGCCAAGAGCUUCUUCCCCUCAAUGCUCUGAGUGUGGGCAGAGACGAUGCCAUCCUGGUUCGCGGGACCCUGGUGACCACCACCAGUGACUCGGACUCUGAUGAGGAUGAUGGUGGCCAGGAGCCAGAAGAGGGAAGCAACACCAAUGGCUCAGAGUCCCUCAGUGUUGUUUUAUCCGAGCCAUCUGAGGAGCCCCAAGAAAAGCCAGGAGACUGUAGGGAGGACAUUGCCGCGGGGGACAGGGAUGCUGCAGAGCCCGGGGAGGAAGGUCCUCCUCGGGGGACUCCCCCUGAGACAUGUAGCACACGGGAACCUGGUGAUGGUGGUCCUCAGACGGAGCACAGCCCCAGGCCAGGACAGGCUGGGGAAGAAGGUGCCCAAGGUCUGCCUGGGGGGACAGACCAGACCUUGAGUGCUGGUGUCACCGAGAACACCUCUUCUAAAAAAGAAGCUCCCGGAGAGAAGUCAUUCCAGCUGCCAGCUUUCUUCAGCGGGCUCCGCGUGCUGAAGAAGGGGGUUCCCGCCGACGGUGGGGAGACCAUCACCGAAAUUAAACCAAAGGAUGGGGACCUGGCUCUGCUCAAACUGACCCAACCCGUGCAGAAGUCCCUAGCGCAGACAGGGCCGCAGACAGCGCCCCAGACAGGGAAGACUGGGGAGAAAGCCAGCGACCUGAAGGCCACUCCCACUCUCCUGGAGCAGCUCUCCCAGCUCCUCAGCAUCGACAUGCCCAGGGCCGAGGUGAAGGCAGAAGACCCUGAGCUGCCCAGGCAAGGAGAGAUGGGCUGCAGCGCUGGCCAGGAGAGCCAGGGCGGUCCAGGAGAAGAAGCACAGACCCAGGGUGGAGAGGUCAAACCAAAGCCACCGGAAACCGCCCUGGAGGCCUUCAAAGCCUUGUUCAUCCGUCCCCCCAAAAAGGGGACCACAGCGGACACCUCCGAGCUGGAGGCUCUCAAGCGCAAGAUGAGGCACGAGAAGGAGUCCCUAAGGGCCGUGUUUGAACGGUCCAAGGCAAGGCCAGCGGACGGCCCCUCUGAUUCCAAAAGCCCUGAGCACAGCCCCACUGAGCAGGACGAUAGGACUCCUGGCAGACUCCAAGCUGUCUGGCCACCCCCAAAGACAAAGGACACCGAAGAAAAAGUGGGAUUGAAGUACACUGAAGCAGAAUAUCAAGCUGCUAUUUUACACUUGAAGAGGGAGCACAAAGAGGAAAUUGAAAACCUACAGGUUCAGUUUCAACUUCAGGCCUUUCACAUCCGGGGUGAGCAUGCAGUGAUAACAGCGAGACUAGAAGAAACCAUCGAAAAUCUCAAACACGAGAUAGAGCACAGAUGGCGAGGAGGAUGUGAAGAGAUGAGAGAUGUGUGUAUUUCCACCAAUGAUGACUACCCUCCCAAGACCUACAGAAAUGUGUGCAUCCAGACAGACAGAGAGACUUUCCUCAAACCCUGUGAAGGGGAAGGCAAGACAACCAGAAGUAACCAAAUAAUACCCAAAAAGCUGAACAUCUCCUCUCUAAGCCAACUCUCCCCCUCAAAUGACAACAAAGACAUCCUUGCACCACUUCAGUCUGUGGGAUGCAUCUCACCGAGCCAGGAGAAGGCAUCACCUCUCCCCCCAGAUCCACUCCCACCAGCAGCCAUUCCUCCCCCUCCUCCCCUACCACCUGGGCUUGGGCCUUUGCCACCAACACUUCUGCCACCGCCUGUGAGUGCAGGGCCACCACCACCUCCGCCACCUCCUCUGCCUCCAAGCACUGGACCUCCCCCGCCUCCUCCCCCACCACCACUUCCUAGCUCAACCCUUUUGCCCAGCAGUGGGGGGCCUCCUCCUGCUCCAACACCCCCAGGACUUGUGCCCCCACCUCCUCCUGGCCUCUUCUUUGGAGUCGGCCCUUCUUCUAGCCAAUGUCCUCGGAAGCCAGCCAUUGAGCCCAGUUGUCCCAUGAAGCCUCUGUAUUGGACUAGAAUACAAAUAAGUGAUAAGAGCCAAAGUGCUACACCAACCUUAUGGGACUCCUUAGAAGAACCUGAUAUUCGGGAUCCUAGUGAAUUUGAGUAUUUAUUCUCCAAAGACACAACUCAGCAGAAGAAAAAACCACUGUCAGAGACCUAUGAGAAAAAAAACAAGGUCAAAAAGAUCAUCAAGUUAUUGGAUGGAAAACGAUCUCAAACUGUGGGAAUCUUGAUAUCUAGUUUGCAUUUAGAAAUGAAGGAUAUCCAGCAGGCCAUUUUCAAUGUGGAUGACUCUGUGGUUGAUCUGGAGACCCUGGCGGCCUUAUAUGAAAAUAGAGCCCAAGAAGAUGAAUUGGUUAAAAUAAGAAAGUAUUAUGAGACAUCCAAAGAGGAAGAAUUGAAGCUGCUGGACAAACCUGAGCAAUUUUUACAUGAGUUAGCCCAGAUCCCUAAUUUUGCUGAGCGUGCUCAGUGCAUCAUCUUCAGAUCUGUCUUUUCCGAAGGCAUCACCUCCUUGCAUCGAAAGGUAGAGAUCAUCACACGAGCUUCUAAGGGCUUGCUGAACAUGAAAAGUGUGAAGGAUAUUUUAGCUCUCAUUCUGGCUUUUGGAAAUUACAUGAAUGGAGGAAAUAGGACUCGGGGACAAGCAGAUGGAUACAGCUUAGAAAUUCUGCCCAAACUCAAGGAUGUCAAAAGUCGGGAUAAUGGGAUUAAUCUGGUGGACUAUGUCGUGAAAUACUACCUGCGUUACUAUGAUCAGGAAGCAGGAACAGAAAAGAGUGUUUUCCCCCUGCCUGAACCACAAGAUUUCUUUCUGGCUUCCCAGGUCAAGUUUGAAGACCUCAUCAAAGACUUGAGAAAACUGAAGAGGCAACUGGAAGCAAGUGAGAAACAGAUGGCAGUGGUGUGCAAGGAGUCUCCAAAGCAGUACCUCCAACCUUUCAAGGACAAACUAGAGGAGUUCUUCCAGAAAGCCAAAAAAGAGCAUAAAAUGGAAGAAAGUCACUUGGAGAAUGCACAGAAAAGUUUUGAAACGACAGUGGGAUAUUUUGGGAUGAAGCCAAAGUCUGGUGAGAAGGAGAUCACUCCAAACUACGUGUUUAUGGUGUGGUACGAGUUCUGCAGUGACUUCAAGACGAUUUGGAAACGAGAGAGUAAAAACAUAUCUAAAGAAAGAUUGAAAAUGGCUCAGGAAUCAGUCAGCAAGUUGACAUCAGAGAAGAAAGUGGAGACAAAGAAAAUCAAUCCUACCGCCAGUCUGAAAGAAAGACUACGUCAAAAGGAAGCUAGUGUGACCACCAACUAAAAAAGAGACACUGAAGGUGACAGCAAGACUGAGUACCUUGCUUAUCCUUUGCAACACCAGCGCUGCAGGAAGUUAUUGAAAGACAUGUUACUAAAUAUUGCUUUUGCUUAUGGCUUUAUGAGAUCAUCUGCAGUGAGAACUCGUGCCUUCCCAAACAAGUCCCUGGUUAAGCCACAGAACCAAUGACAAGCUGUGUAAGGGAACAUUGCAGGAGUAUUUGAUGAUUGUUUCUGCAAAGGUCCAAAGUCAACUUUGUUAUAAGAUUAGAAGAAAUCCCCAAGAUUUUCCAAAAAUUUUUAAAAGCAAAGAUUUUAGGCUUUCUGACCCACUCUUGAUAUAUGUAAAUUUGUGACCAAAGAAGAGAGGGAUCAGACGACAGUUGCCUUGAGAGAGUUCAAGUCUUUACACACUGCUGAUUUGACUAUUGACCUUCAUUUUGAUCCCAUUGCAUCAAGAUCCUAAAGUCUCUUUCUCGCCAAAAAUGUUGACAUUUGCCCAAACUAUUUUUAAAGAGGUCCAAGACUAUGUAUUUCUAAGAGGAGAGAAAUGGUUAUCUUAUUGUUAUUCAUGUUAUGGUAAGGAGCGGAAAUGGGGUUAUACAUGGUGGAGAAGGGAUUAAAUAACAAUAAACUUCAUAAACCUGGAGAACACAUUAUGAUACAGGGAGUUGACAUCAGCCAUUAAGCAAUUAAUUGUGGUAUCCUGGACCAGCAGGAAGUCUCCAUCCCAAAUUCUGGAAGAAACAGUGAUACUUGAGCAGGGAGACACUUGGGGUCAAAGCAGUUGCUUGGACAAGUGACCCAGUAACAGAGCACAUUUCACAUUUCAGAACAUUCGUGAAUGGGCAAUGUCUUGUUGAUGUGCACCUGAACUCUACAUCUCGUUCUCAGACUGUGUGCAAUCAGAUCUUUCCCACCAACCCCAGGAGGCAGUUUCCAGACAGGACUGCAAAUGUUACUUGGACCUUUGUUCUGACCUUGACCCUUGAUGGACUGGCAUGUGACAGAGGUCUUUGGUGUCUGAAAAAUUAACUUCAGAAAAGUUCUUUACAUGCAAAUGCAAAGAAGGUUUUCACACUAAUGGAACGUCAUGUACAGCUUUUUUGGACCCUGGGAGCCGACAUGACCACUGCCCCUUGAGUCACAAGAGAGAGGAAUCUACCUUGUGAGUAGAGAAAAGAGGGGACUGAGGGUGAAUUGAUAAUAGGAUCAAAGACUAUCAGGUUUGGGCCUUGAAGGGAGAGAGGUGAAAGCUUUCUCCUCCAAAUGGUGGAGCAACAACCUUAAAACCCUUCCCAAUCCAGCUGUGGUGUGGAUUGUCCCAUGAUCUUCCCAGAACCUCUCAACUUCCAGGUGGCUGAAUGUUUACCCGGGACAUGCCUGCCAGGUAUCAACCCCCUCAGGGACCCAUAAUACAAUAGAUCCAGCUUAUUGAAGUGGCACCAGAUCCUACUAUAAUGCCUGUCUUGGGAAUCAAGAAUGCACAGUCAGGAUCCAAUCAAGUCUCUGAAGCCAUAUUCAUGCAGGUGCUAACCACCUUUUCAAAAGAAAGGAAUAUGGUAGCAUAGUUGGGUGGUUGUGUUUUCCAGUUCAAAAAAAAAGGAUGAGAAAGCAAAAUAGGAAAGCUGGUAAGAAACUUACAUAACUAAAAGAAGUUACUUGUGAGCAAGAAGCUUUUUAGACUAGACUGUUUUCUUAUAUUGUUUCUUCUUUCUCACUGAACUGUGAAGAAAACCUAAGGAAAUCAAUUGAAAACAAAUUCCGCUUACAGCCAUCCUGGACUCUGUGACAUGCCUUUUGGUAUUAUCAUAAAAAAAAAAAAAAAAAGUGCCUGUUUUGCCUAUACCUUGAGAAUCAACUUUGAGUUCAGUAAGCCCCACAUAUGUUUGGAUCCAGGUGUGUCCUUAGAGACCCGAUGGGAGACAGCUGCCAGUGGCCUUCAGUGGAGUCACCAUCAUCCACUUUAAGUCUUGAAGUGUGGUCUCCUAUGAAAAUCACUGAAGAUAAGCAGGACUGUCACUUUGGCCACAUAACCCAGCAGGGACAUGCUCUCAGGGAAUCAUUGGGGAGGAAUAACGAGUGGGAACAUUUAAUUUGAAAGUUAGACCAAUGCAGCUUGAGGUGGGUUUUAUCCUCAAGAAUAGACUAGAAAUUGGCGGUAAAAUACCUCUUUCUAAAGAGCAAAGUUUGCCUGCCGAUGUUGGGGAGACAGUGAUUUUGUAAGAUUAGUAAAAGGCAAUAUGUUAGUAUAUUAAGACACCAGGGCAGUAUCGCCAUCAUUUUCACCCAGUUUGAAUGCCGUGGUGUGUAUCCGGAUACCCCCUCCUCAAUCCACACACAUGCUACACUGUUGACAUCACCUUUAUUUCUAACUUAAGUUGAUCAUCAGUCAAGGUUCACAAGAGUUGUUCAAGGUAGGCCAUCUAAAACAGCCUGCAGGCCUUAAAAUGAUCCCUCUAAAAUGCAGUUGAGAUUGUGUUUACACACACCAGGUGUCUCUGAACUUCUCCUGGAGAGGAAAUAGUUGGGGUACCACUAGAGCUUGAGCAUUUCAGGCAAGCAGGACUUAAGUGGCUAUUCUAAGCACAGCCCUCCCCAAACAAGCGGGAGAGUGGCCGGUACUGCUAUUCUGCUUAACCAGACACUCACAUCGGUUAAGUCAGACUCUGGGAAAUCUUAGCUUGAGAACAUCAUCUUCUCUUCUAGCCAAGAUUCAUUACAUCAGGGCACAGUUGAUAGCAGUUCACAUUCUUGCAUGAGGAACUGGCAUCAUCCCUCCAGCACACAAGUAUAUCAUAUAUUAAACCAGAGCAUGAUGUAACUAUCUUAGGUAAAAACAA